CCUAUUUCUAUGUUUAUAGAGUUGGGACAUGUUUUUUGGCUCAGAGUGAGCGCUCCUUGGUUUUGUUGGUUUGCUGGGGGCUUGUCAGAGUGAGCGCUUGCUGCUUUGCGAGGAUCUUUGUAAACGGAGCACGGAGAUCAACACAUGGAGAUCAACACAUGGAGCAGAGACGUCAUGUAAACUGUGUUCGUGUCUGUGAUGCUUGAGCCUUGGAGACUAUUUGUCUUUUUACAAAGUAAAAGAAGAACAGUAAAGUCAAGAAAGAAAACCAUGCAUCUUUAUUGGAGGACUUUUAAAUGUUAGCUAACUGUCUAGCUACGCAUAGGGAUACGCGCUGUAAGGGCAGAACAGUAAAAAGACAAGAGCACGGCGGGUUCAAGUAAUAGUACACUACACAGCCAACAUGAGUCUACGCUCAGGGAAAAACUAUAAUAAUGAAGACACCACUACGCACAAAGAAGCAAGUGGAGAACAGCAAGCAGAGACUGUGGAUCAAACAGCCAAGUGGCAAGAACAUCCUCAAGCCUCUGAUGCUAAGUCAUAUUCAUCCAGAGCAGCCUCUAGAUCGUCUCAGCGAUCAUCAGCAACAAGUUCGUCAGCCACGAAAGCCUAUGCCAAGGCAAAAGCAGCUCAUGCUCAAUUAGCUUAUGCUGAAAAAGAAGCUGACGUGAUGAAACAGAGGGCAGACCUGGAAAAGCAAAAAGCUGACUUUGACGCCAGUCUACAUCUGCUCCAGUGCCAAAGAGCUGCAGCUGCAGCUGAAGCUGAAGCUGCAGCUUAUGAAGAAGCAGAUGCUGAAAGCGUGAAGCUAAGUCGAGAACCCAUUGUUGAAGGUGAGCGCUUCAGUGCAGUCCAACGCACUUCCAAAUAUGUUCAAGCUCAGUCUCAGUACACCUGUUCCGGAACGCAUCAUACACAGGUAGCAGUGGAGGCACAGGAAAGAAAAAUAAAGACGUUUGAACCACCUCAAGCUAAGUCAGUCUACAAAGACUUAAAAAAUGAACCGACAUCAAAUACUUACCCUCACAGUACUCCGAAGCAUGCUGAUCAACAGUAUGAGUCACAAAGUGCACAAGACUUCGCAAGAUACCUCAUCAGAAAAGAAAUGGUGAGUGCAGGUCUUCUUCAAUUCGAUGACAAGCCUGAAAAUUACUGGUCGUGGAAAGCCUCCUUUAUAAGUGCCACUAAGGACUUGAAUCUCACAGCCAGAGAAGAGCUAGAUUUGAUGACUAAGUGGCUAGGGCCCGACUCCAUGCAACAAGCAAAGAGAAUUCGUGCAGUACACGUACUCAAUCCUGCAGCAGGUGUGAACAUGGUCUGGCAACGUCUUGAAGAGUGUUAUGGGGCGCCAGAGGUCAUUGAAGACGCACUGCUCAAGAAAAUAGAACACUUUCCGAAGCUCACCAACAAAGACAAUGCUAAACUGAGAGAACUCGGCGACAUUCUCCUCGAACUUGAGUGUGCUAAGGACGAAGGUGCUCUGCCAGGGCUUUCGUACCUGGAUACAGCUCGUGGGGUAAGAGAAAUAGUGGAAAAGCUUCCCUAUAAUCUGCAAGAGAGGUGGACCAGCAUUGGAAGCAAGUACAAGGAGGAUUACAGAGUAGCCUUCCCUCCUUUCUCUGUAUUCGCCAAGUUUGUCCAGCAACAAGCAAAGAUUAAGAACGAUCCAAGCUUUAUUAUAUCCACACCAAGCAACAAAGCCUCUGUGACUGUACACAAAACAGACAUCCCAGAAGAGCCAGCAGACACCCAAAGCAGUCCUACUUUUAAAAAAUUGGAUGAGCCAGAUCGCCAGUGUCCAAUUCACAAGAAGCCACACCCACUGAAAAAAUGUAAGCUCUUUAGAGAGAAAACUCUUGAAGACCGCAAAGCAUAUCUCAGAGACAAUCGCAUCUGUUAUAGAUGUUGCGGUUCUUUUCAACACAUGGCAAAAGAUUGCAAACUGACUGUCAAAUGCUUCGAGUGCAACAGUGACAGACACAUCGCCGCACUGCAUCCAGGCCCUCCUCCUUUAAACGCUCAGAGUGCUACGGCUGGGAAAGACGAAAGCGGGGAGCAAAGUGAAAGCUCAUCUUCAUCAGUGACCUCAAAGUGUACGGAGGUUUGUGGGGAGGGUUAUAGCUCACGCUCAUGUUCCAAAAUCAUCUUGGUGAAAGCAUAUCCUGCAGGGGAAAAGGAGAAGGCAAUGAAGAUGUAUGCAGUGUUGGACGAACAAAGUAACAAGUCACUAGCCAAGACAGAGUUCUUCAACCUCUUUGAAGUUAAAGGUAACUCCACUCCAUACACCCUGAACACCUGUUCUGGGAAGUCAGAGACUUCAGGUAGGAGAGCCGUUAAUUUUGUCAUUGAGUCUGUGGAGGGGAAAGUACAGCUUCCCUUACCACCCUUAAUUGAGUGUGACAUGGUGCCAGAUGAAAGAGCAGAAAUUCCCUCUCCAGAGAUUGCACUACAUCACCCACACCUACAGCCAGUUGCUAACAAGAUUCAUCCAGUAGAUCAAAACGCUCCUAUCCUUCUGCUCUUAGGGAGAGACAUCCUAAGGGUGCACAAAGUACGUGAGCAAAUCAAUGGACCGCACAAUGCACCUUACGCACAACGGCUAGACCUAGGCUGGGUCAUUGUGGGAGAAGUAUGCUUGGGGAUAGCUCACAAACCAUCAGAGGUCAAUGUCUACAAGACCAACAUACUGCACAACGGUCGCACAUCUUAUCUCAGUCCAUGUCCAAACAGUAUUCAUGUUAAAGAAGACUUCAGUGGCAUGACACAGCAUCCUAGUCUCACCUUCCCUGCAUGUAAGCAGAACACAGAUUGCACUGCGAUUACAGACAAUCUCGGGUGUUCGGUGUUCGUCAGGUCCAAAGAUGACAACAAGAUCGCACUCUCAAUAGACGACAAAGCUUUCCUUGCAAUCAUGGAUGCAGAGGUCUACCAAGACGAAGGAAACAGCUGGGUAGCUCCUUUACCAUUCAGCUCUCCUAGACGACGCCUUCCAAGCAACAGGGAACACGCGUUGAAACGUCUCUUCUCUUUACGAAAAUCUCUUGAGAAAAGGCCAGAAAUGAAAGAACAUUACAUCAAGUUCAUGCAAAAGAUGCUGGACAAUGACCAAGCUGAGUCUGCGCCACCUUUGGUCAAAGGAAAAGAACACUGGUACCUACCAACAUUCGGUGUGUAUCACCCACAAAAGCCAAACCAAAUACGAGUUGUGUUCGACUCAAGUGCUGAAUGUGAGGGAACAUCUCUAAACGAUGUGCUCCUUAGUGGACCAGACUUGAACAACACCCUGUUGGGAGUCCUGUUACGGUUCCGAAAAGAGCCCGUAGCCAUUACAGCUGAUGUGGAACAAAUGUUUUAUUGCUUUCUCGUACGUGAAGACCACAGGGAUUAUCUUCGGUACCUUUGGUAUGAAGACAACGACAUCACCAAACAAGUGGUUGAGUACAGGAUGAAAGUCCAUGUUUUCGGUAACAGCCCUUCACCUGCUGUAGCUAUCUACUGCAUGAGACAAGCAGCUAAAAAGGGCGAAAAAGAACAUGGUAUGGAUGCAAGACAGUACGUUGAGAGGCAGUUUUACGUGGAUGAUGGUCUCACCUCUGUUGCUACACCCGAAGAGGCAAUAGAUCUCCUCAAACGAACCCAGGAGAUGUUAGCAGAGUCCAACCUGCGACUGCACAAACUUGCAUCAAACAGAAACCAGGUAAUGAAAGCCUUUGCAGCAGAGGACAGGGCAAAAGACCUGAAGGAUCUGGACCUCGGUGUGGAUCCUCUCCCUUUGCAGAGAAGCCUUGGACUUUCCUGGAACCUGGAAACAGACAGUUUCACUUACCUGGUGUCCCGUGAAGAGAAACCAUUCACACGAAGAGGUGUGCUGUCAACUGUGAACAGUUUGUAUGACCCUUUGGGGUUUGUAGCUCCUAUAACAAUGAAAGGGAAAGCUCUAGUCCGAGAACUGUCAUCUGAACAGAGUGAGUGGGAUGCUCCUCUCCUCCCAAAAAUGGAAACAGAGUGGAACCAGUGGAAGGACUCACUGAAGGCUCUUGAAGAGCUGCACAUCAAGAGGUGUUACAUUCCAAUCUCACUUGCCUCAACACAGAGAAAGGAACUGUGCAUCUUCUCAGAUGCUUCCACUAUUGCCAUAGGAGCUGUGGCGUACUUGAGAGCUGCUGAUGUUGAAGGUCAUUAUCAUGUUGGAUUUGUCAUGGGGAAGUCAACAUUGGCACCUCGCCCUGCCCACACUGUUCCACGUCUGGAGCUCUGUGCAGCUGUGCUAGCUGUGGAACUUUACGAGCUGAUCCGAGAUGAGAUAGACAUUGAAGUAGAUGCAGUGAAGUUCUUCACUGACAGCAAGAUUGUGCUUGGAUAUAUACACAACUGCACAAGAAGGUUUUACAUGUAUGUUUCCAACAGAGUGACUCAGAUAAGGAGAUCCUCCAACCCAGACCAAUGGUUCUAUGUGCCAACAGACCUGAAUCCUGCGGAUCAUGCCACCAGGUCUAUACCUGCAGCUCAACUCCAACACAGCAGCUGGCUCCCAGGUCCGGCCUUCCUGUAUCAGGAUACAUCAGUAGAGACACUUGAACCUUACCUCUUCAGCCUUAUUGAGCCUGAAGCCGACAACGAGAUACGUCCUGAAGUGUCUACACUGGCAACCAAGGUAUCAGAGUUCAUGUUGAGCUCUCAACACUUUGAGCGAUGCUCAAGCUGGCAAAAGCUCUGUCAGAUCAUAGCCAGACUCAUUCAUGUUGCCGCUUCCUUCAAAAGCAAGGCUGACGAAGCAAGAAAGAAAGGAUGGGAAUGUUUCGGAGAAACAAUCAGCAUAAGUGAACUCUCACAAGCCAAGGUUUUGAUCAUCCGCUCUGUCCAGCACAAGGCCUUCAAAGAGGAAUUCAAAUGUCUUGAAGACGGACAGACUUGGUCCAAGCAAAACACACUUGAGAAGCUCAAUCCAUUUGUGGAUAAAGAUGGUCUUCUUCGUGUUGGAGGUCGUCUUUCAUUGGCUGAGCUGUCAGAAGAAGAAAAACACCCUCUGAUCAUUCCACGCAAUCAUCACAUCGCCACACUGCUUGUCAGAUACUUCCAUGAAAAAGUAGCUCACCAAGGGCGACACUUUACAGAAGGAGCUAUUCGAGCAGCUGGAUACUGGAUAGUUGGGAGUAAACAUCUGGUAUCUUCUGUCAUCCACAAGUGUGUUACCUGCCGCAAAUUGCGAGGAAGGUUGGAAGAUCAGAAGAUGGCGGAUCUGCCAGCUGACAGACUAACACCCGAACCUCCGUUCACCAAUGUUGGACUGGAUGUUUUUGGGCCGUGGUUGGUCAUGACACGACGCACAAGAGGAGGGGCUGCAGACAGCAAACGCUGGGCUUUGCUCUUCACAUGCAUGUCUACCAGAGCGGUGCAUAUUGAACUGAUUGAAUCCAUGUCAACAGACAGUUUUAUCAAUGCCUUAAGAAGAUUUUUCUCUGUUCGUGGUCCAGCAAAGCUCCUGCGCUCUGACAGAGGGACUAACUUCGUCGGGGCUUCAAAAGAGUUAAGGAUUAACACAGACGACACAUUAAUCAGGAAGUACCUCCAGGAGAAAGGAUGCUCUUGGGUUUUCAACCCCCCUCAUGCCUCCCACAUGGGUGGUUCCUGGGAGCGGCUCAUCGGAGUAGCCAGGCGCAUUCUGGAUGCAAUGUUGCUUCAGACGGGAUCAGUACGUCUUACACAUGAGGUUUUGAGCACUUUCAUGGCAGAGGUGAUGGCGAUCAUCAACGCAAGACCCCUUGUGUCUGUGUCUACUGACCCAGAUAUGCCUGCAGUUCUAACCCCCUCAAUGCUCCUGACUCAAAAAAUGAGUGCAGUUUCAGCACCUCCUGGAAACUUCGAUACAGCUCAGUUGUUCGGAAAGCAAUGGAAGCAAGUUCAGUGCCUUGCCGACACCUUUUGGAAGAGAUGGAAAGGAGAGUAUCUGUCUACUCUGCAGAGCCGCAGGAAGUGGACGCAAGACAAGCCGAACGUCAAAGAAGGAGACGUCGUCCUUCUCAAAGACAGUCAAGCCCAUAGGAACGAAUGGCCAAUGGGAUUGGUUGUUAAGACUUUUCCAAGCAGUGACAAGAGGGUCCGCAAAGUAGAAGUGCGGAUUGUGAAGGACGGGACAGCCAAGGUGUUCCUUAGGCCUGUAACAGAAAUUGUUGUCCUUCUUGCAGAGUCUUAGAGAAAGAACUCUUAAUAUGUUGUUUUCAGUGGACAUUCCCUUUCAAGUUCAAUUGUAUUUGUCGUGAUAUAAUGUUAUUAUCUCAAGCGGGGAGUGUGCUGCCUAUUUCUAUGUUUAUAGAGUUGGGACAUGUUUUUUGGCUCAGAGUGAGCGCUCCUUGAUUUUGUUGGUUUGCUGGGGGCUUGUCAGAGUGAGCGCUUGCUGCUUUGCGAGGAUCUUUGUAAACGGAGCACGGAGAUCAACACAUGGAGAUCAACACAUGGAGCAGAGACGUCAUGUAAACUGUGUUCGUGUCUGUGAUGCUUGAGCCUUGGAGACUAUUUGUCUUUUUACAAAGUAAAAGAAGAACAGUAAAGUCAAGAAAGAAAACCAUGCAUCUUUAUUGGAGGACUUUUAAAUGUUAGCUAACUGUCUAGCUACGCAUAGGGA